UUGUUCUCAUCUUUGGCACAGCAAGAUAUCGACACAUGGAGGAGGUACCUCAAGGCCACGCCCCACCUCCUGACAAUCUAGGAAGAGAUACUUGAUGCUUCGGCAAGGUCAGAGAGGAGUAGAAGACGCUCAGCCAACCACCUUGACGAGGUGCAACUGACCACCUUGGAUUAAGCUUACUAUCGUUUUUGCAUUUGUUUAAUCAUUUGCAGUUAUAUUAUGUUUGCCUUGUAUUUUUCGUUUUAUUAUCUUUACUCUGUAUUUGCCUCCAGGUGGCGCCAAUGACCACAGUGCGCCUCAUUGCGGGAAAAGAUUAAACAUUUUUCUCCCAGGUUCUGACGUCACUGUUUAUUAUCUGUGGCUGAAAAGUAACAUUUACCAAGCCCGGGCUCCCCACGACCCACCCAUUUUCCCUUGACGAGAAUGGGCGAGUUCAUUUUCCAUGGCCAGUGUUUGUACAUUUUAGACCAUUCCAUUGAAACCUCCACCCACGGAAAUGCAAAACAAAACCGCCCAAUGCUUUCUGUUCUUGCUGUUAGGGUGGCCAGAAGGGUUAUAUUUCUUCCCCUUUGAUAUAUUUUGAGAAUAAUUUAAAACAAACGAUCACUGUUUCCUAUAACUGUAUUGAACUAAUGAUGAUGAAUAGAGAAGAUGGACAACACAGGUGCACAGUUCUCAUGGAGAGUGUGUAGGAAUGACGUCAGCAGCAGCUCUGAAUACAGCACGAGUACAAACCUCUUGAACGGAGACAAAAUGCUGUCUAGCAUUUACCUAACUGGAGUUUUACGUGUCAUUCUGCUAUCGAUUAUUAGUUUAGGAGGAUUUGUGGCGCUGUUAUUAAUGCAUUACAGCUCAGCACCAUCUCUGUUCUGCCCUCCCCUGCCUGCUUUCCCACCUCAGUACUCAGAGAGACCCCAAGGCCAGCACAACAGCUCCUUGGCUAAGACCCUACCAGACAAGCCCAUUAUGCUGUUGUGGUUCUGGCCUGAACACUACAGGUUUGACUUAAGCGAUUGCGCCACUCUCUUCAACAUUGAUAGCUGUCUCCUGACUGAUGACAGGUCAAUGUACAACAAGGCAGACGGGGUGCUUAUCUUUCACAAAUCCAUUAAGCGAGAUUUAUCCAACUUGCCUCGAUCACCCAGGCCACCAUUCCAGAAGUGGAUCUGGUUCCAUGUUGAAUCCCCUACAAACACAAACAGGCUAUCUGGUCUAGAGAACCUUUUCAAUUUGACCUUGAGUUACAGGCAGGACGCAGACAUCCCUAUUCGUUGGCGCUUGACUGCAAGGAAAGGCCAGGGGGAGGAUUUUGUGCUGCCCAAAAAAGAUAAAUUAGUUUGCUGGAUUGUGAGUAACAAUAACCCUGCCACUGGAGCAGGCCAAAGGUAUAACUAUUACAGAGAACUUGUCAAACACGUUAAGGUGGAAGUCUUUGGCAAGGCCUUUGGCCGUUUCUUGAACUAUGAGGACUUCUACAAUACCAUCUCCAGCUGUAAGUUUUACCUUUCCUUUGAGAACUCAGUCCACAGAGACUACAUCACUGAGAAGCUAAACGGACCACUUGCAGCAGGAACUGUACCAGUAGUAUUGGGCCCACCCAGACAAAACUAUGAGGACUUUGUCCCAGGAGAUUCCUUCAUCCAUGUUAACGACUUUCCAGAUGCGAAAGCCUUGGCAGAAUUCCUCCUGAAGUUGAACAAGGAAGAUGAGGCAUAUCUGCACUACUUUCAGUGGCGUGAACACUUUUCUGCUCAGCGCCAUCUAAUUCAACAAUAUCAAGAGUUCACCCAUGCUAUUUGUUAUGCCUGUAACCAUGUGGGAACACAUAAGGAGUACAGAGUUGUUCACAAUCUUUACAAAUGGUAUUUUGGUUAAUAAGGCACUUACAGUGAUCUCCAGAAAUAUUGGGACAUUUACAAAUAUUUGGUGUUUUGAGCCCCACAUUUUCAGCACCUCCAAAAAAUAUGGGCUUGCCUUUUUUUUGGCCAUUAAUGUGUCACUUAUCCGUUUGCAAACAAUGUAAAAAAUAUAAAUCAUUGAGUUAAUAAAGCUGCAUAAAAACA